AUGGUAGCAAAUUCGUCUGAUCUAGAUAUAAACGAGUACCAUCGUAUAUUUUCCAAAGUUUUCAACAAACGACUAAAAUAUGUACUCAACAUUAAUGUGAUUUUAUCAUUUUUGAUGACAUUGAUUUUAGAUGUGCCUUUCCUCACUAACCACUUGUUAUCUACGGGGCUUGUUUUAUCGAUUGUUCUUAAAGUACCAGUGUACUUUUUAGCAUUGACUUUGAUCAGGCAAGUUCGAAUCAAGUUUUCCACAGUCAAUUACUCAAAACAAAAAACACUCGGGUUGCAGAUUUACCAUACAUUAGUGUCAAACAAAUACAUUCAAGUGUCAUCUUUCCACAUAUUGUCAGCGUUGCUCAUCUAUGGCGUAUUCAUAUUCAAUUUGCCAUUCAAGUUUGACUACUACUUAAUCUCAAAGGAGUAUAGAAAGAAUCCCUUGUUGAACGAUGAGUGGGUUUUCUAUUGGGUAUGUCCGGUAAUCAUUGGCGCAUUAUAUUCAGCUAACCAACUCGUUUUUCAACGAAAUAGGCUACCCUUUGAGUAUGGACAUAACAGAAACAGUCCCGAGAAUACGUUAUUCACUCAUCUCCCGCAAGCUUUAGGGAAUGCACUUGGGUUGACCAUUAUAUUGACCAUUGCCAGUCCGGUAAUCUACAAGGUAACUAAGUCAUACUUGUACAAGUCAUUAAUUGUGCUUAGGUUGUUUGGAAUAGAUAAUUCGGUACCCACCAGCAACACGUCAUUUUCCACUUAUCUCAAGUUGGCGUUUCUUACAUAUAUGUUGGUUCUUAAUUGGGAACUCGAAAAUCACACAUUUGACGUAUAUGCGACGAUUGGAUGUCUUGACGGGAAAAAACCCAUCUCAUCGUAUAGUAAAGACCCCUUGAACUGUUUGUUGAAGGGCUUGCGUGAUGUGGCACCAAGUCACGAAUUGAGUAGAUUAACUGCAUUCCAAGAAUUGGCGUACAUUGCAACCACCAGUGAAAAAGACGGUUUGAAAUUGAGGUUGGCUAUUUUCAGCGCAAGAUCCAAGAAGGAAAAUUUAUGGCCAGCGUUUUUUGAAGAAUGUUCAUUGGUGAUAAGAGAAGUUAGUUUACAUAUCAACAAGAGGAGUGCUCGCGAUAUGAGAGCUUUAAAGAAUUGGCAAAAGUCGAUGGAAAAGGAAAUUGACACGGGUUUUAAAAGCAAAAGGGAUGAAAACCUUUUUGGCAACUCGUUUACAUCAUCCUUGGAUGAAACGAGCGGUGAUGCAAAUAAGGAGAAACCAGGGAGUGAGGGAACAUGGGUCACUUAUUUACGCAAUGAAGUCGGUGCACCUGUCUUAAAAUUGGUCUCCCCGUAUUUGCCACAACAUUUAUCAAGCUACAUCACAUCUCAAAUCAAACUGAUCAAAUCAAUCGAGAGCAAAAAGAUUGAUGCUGCUGCUUCUGAUGUCAGACUGCAUAUCUUGGAGUCAAACUUUGGACUUCUUUUCCGAGUUACCUUGAAAAGAGAUUGUGAGUCGAGAGUGAGAGACCCGGUCAAUUUCGGUAACGCAAUCAUCGCAGUGUCUAAUAUCAUUCAACGGUCAGUUGUGGAAGACUCAUUGAAUGUUGUAACCACAGCAGAUAUAGCAAAUGUUCUCAAUUUGUUGGAAAAGUCGAUUCGUGCUUCCACAAACUACAGAGAUUACUUGCCGGCAUCGGUAUACGUUGGAUCAGACAAGCCCAAAACACAUUUGAUAUCAGACUUGAAUAAUCUCGAGUACCAUGAGUUUUACAAUAUCUGCAUCCAGUUUAAUGGGCUAUUGAAUGAACUCAAUUUGAAUGCUAAAGCGUAUGAGCUUGCCAAAUGGGUUAUAGACAUUGCCAUUGCCGAUAGAGAGCAACAUCGGUUAAAUAGUAGUGUUUAUUGA